CACAGCAGAGUCGAAGGACGGCCAGGCCAAGGACUCAGGAAGGUGGGGAAGCUAUCUACAGGAGGAAUCAACUCCCAUAGUGGUCCUCCUUCAAGCUGAUCUAUCAUUGCAGCUGAUGAAAUAACGACGCUGCUUACAAUGCCAUCCGUUGCACGUACCAUAUAUUCCUUUUACCAAACGCCUUAAGGUUGUAUGCCUCCCUCCUCCCUUGGCAUCUGAAGCCACAAGUCACAGACAUCUUACUUCCUCUUCCAUGGACAAGCGGAUCCGCAGACUGCAGCAGGAGACCACCCACCGUGAAUCCGAAGAAGUCAGUAGCAAGGAGUGGGAGUUCAUCCACAUGUCGGAGCAAGAGGAAGACCUCAUCCGCAGGAUGUAUCGGCUUGUUGGCGACAGGUGGGAGCUCGUAGCAGGGCGAAUCCCGGGGAGGAAGGCGGAGGAGAUCGAGAGGUAUUGGAUAAUGAGGCAUGGCGAGAGCUUCGCGGAGAAGCGGCAGAAGAGGGAGGCAGGUGAGGGCGGGCGGUGUGAGGGAAGAAGAGCACCAUGAUGAUGAGGUGAUGCAGCUGCAGCUGCUGU